CGGACGGCGGGGGAAGCGGGACGUCCAGAGGCAGAGAGGACAGGCUGGGAGAGAAGAUGGUGAAACAGGUCGCUCACGUCCGGGCCGGGAUGCUGCUCGUGGCCGUCUGCCUCCGUCUGCAGGCCGACGCUGCAGGCAUGCUGAAAGUGGACGGGGCCCAGGAUGGAGGAGGAGGAGGAGGAGGCGACGUGGACACCAUCAGCCACUCCCUGGUCCUGGUGCAGCGUCUGGAGGCCCUGCUGGUCCAGGGCAACGCCAGCGACGUGUCCCUGCGCGUGGAGACGCCCAACGCGGACGAGGUGAAGGUGAUCCAGGCUCACUCCCUGGUCCUCGCCCUGCAGAGUCCGGCGUUCGAGGAGCUGCUGCUGGGCCGUAACAGCAGCACUGUGGUCCUGAGAGAGAGCUCAGACUGCGCCGCCGUGUUUGACAAGUUCAUCAGGUAUCUUUACUGUGGAGAGGUUUCUCUGCGUCUGGACCAGGCUACACCUCUGCACAAGCUGGCCACCAAGUACCAGGUGCUGGUCCUGCAGCAGGGCAUCACCCAGUACAUGACCCAGAACCUGGCCCGGGACUCGCCUUCAGGCCACGUGGCGGGCUGGUACGAGUACGCCCUGCAGGCCGGGGACGCGACCCUGAGGGACAGCUGUCUCCAGUACCUGUCCUGGAACUUGUCGUCGGUGCUGCAGAGCAAAGAGUGGGUGACCAUCAGCAGCCAGCUGCUCAUGUCCCUGCUGCAGCGCUCGGACCUCGUCCUGCAGAGCGAGAUGGAGCUGUUCGCGGGGCUGGAGGCGUGGAUCAUCCAGAACGAGCCGGACGGCCUGACGGCGGAGAACGCUCUGAGGGCCGUGCGCUACGCCAUGAUGCCCCCGCGGGAGCUGUUCCGCCUGCAGACCCAGUCCUCGGUCCUGGCCCGCUACCAGGAGUCGGUGCGCGACCUGCUCUACAUGUCGUACCAGUUCCACUCGGCCUCGCCGCUGCAGAUGGCCAAACACUUCGACGUGAACUGCAGCCUCUUCGUGCCCAGGAACUACCUGUCCCUGGCGUGGGGGGCGCCCUGGGUCAUCAACAACCCGACGCGGGACGACCGCAGCACCAGCUUCCAGACGCAGCUGGGCCCCAGCAGCCACGACGCCAGCAAGAGGGUGACGUGGAACGCCCUGUUCUCCCCCCGCUGGUUGCCCCUCAGCAUGAGGCCCAUGUACACGGAGACGGGCGCCAUGCAGCCCACGCGCGUGGAAGGCGGGCGCCCGCGCAUCAUCAUCACGCCGGCCACGUCCAGCGCCGACUUCGCCGGCGUGAACUUCCAGAAGACGGUGCUGGUGAUGGCUCAGCAGAGGGGAAGGCUGGUGGUGAGGCACGUCUACAACUUCCACCAGAGCACGGAGGAAAACGGAGACUUCCUGGCCGAGGCCGACCUGCACCGCCGAGCGUCCGAGUACCUGGUCGACAGCUCCCUCGUCCUCCACAUCGUGGUGAAGCCCCUGUACCAAACCCUCAUCGCCGCCAAGAACUGACCUCACGCCGGCGACGUGGGUCUGAAUCCUCCUCGACGUGACGUUGGUCUCAAACAGCUGCUGUUCUCAGCCUGAUUCACGACUGUAAAACCCAGAAGGAACGUCUCUCGGAGGGAAAGCGUGCUUCUACGCUUCGUCUCUGAAUUUUUCUCACUGUCCACGAAUCCCAAGGUGGAUUAUUUCCGCCAAGAAAUUUCCUCUUGUUUGAGCAACAUCUGCUAUAAACUACCAGCCAAUGGGACAAAAGACUUGCAGAACUUCCAUCACCACGUUAAGCCCCGUGUCCAAACUAUCUAUCAGUUCCUCAACGGAGAGACUCAAAAACUACUUUCCACCACGAAAAAAGAAAAAAGAAAACGACUUCCAGGCUAAAAAUCUACAAUAUCCAGCUGUUUUAGAAAGUUCCCGUCCCCUUUAACACGUCUUCAUCGUCGACCGUGAGAAAAAUCACCAGCCUCCUUCUUCAUUCUCGAGGUUCUGCUCCCGUUUCUUUCUUCAGUAUUGGUGCUAUUUAACCCGUUUACACUCAAAGCGUCUCAAACGUUUUACAUUCUUCUUCUUUCAUUUAUUUAAAAGCCCUUCGCUCCUCAGGUAGUUAGUUCAGUGACGUGAUGUUGUUGUUGUUGUUACCUUCAUUCAAUAAUAAAGAUUUUUAAGAAAACUG